UGCGCGGCUGGAGGCGGCCUCGCUCCCCGCUCCUCGGCGCAGCGGCUCCGUCCUCCCCCGGGGCAGGGCGCGGGAGGCGGCUGGCGGCAGCUCCCCGGCCGCGGCAGCCCCGCACCGCUCCGGCAUGGCUUUCGCCAAUUUCCGCCGUAUCCUGCGCCUCUCCACUUUCGAGAAGCGGCGGUCCAAGGAGUACGAGCACGUCCGCCGCGACCUGGACCCCGGCGAGGUGUGGGAGGUGGUGGGCGAGCUGGGCGACGGCGCCUUCGGCAAGGUCUACAAGGCUAAGAAUAAGGAAACUGGUGCUUUAGCAGCUGCCAAAGUCAUUGAAACAAAGAGUGAAGAUGAACUGGAGGAUUACAUGGUGGAGAUUGAAAUACUGGCCACCUGCGAUCACCGGCACAUCGUCAAGCUGCUGGGAGCGUUUUAUUGGGAUGGCAAGCUCUGGAUCAUGAUCGAGUUCUGCCCGGGUGGGGCGGUGGAUGCCACCAUGCUGGAGCUGGACCGGGGCCUGACUGAACCUCAGAUUCAGGUGAUUUGCCGCCAGAUGUUGGAAGCCCUCCAUUACCUGCACAGCAAAAAGAUCAUCCACCGUGACCUGAAGGCAGGCAACGUGCUUCUCACCCAGGAUGGGGACAUCAAGCUCGCUGACUUUGGAGUGUCUGCCAAAAACAUGAAAACCUUGCAGAAGCGAGACUCCUUCAUUGGGACCCCUUACUGGAUGGCCCCGGAGGUGGUGAUGUGUGAGACCAUGAAGGACACUCCGUACGACUACAAGGCAGACAUCUGGUCCCUGGGAAUCACGCUGAUCGAAAUGGCCCAGAUUGAGCCGCCCCAUCACGAGCUCAACCCCAUGAGAGUCCUGCUGAAGAUUGCCAAGUCUGACCCCCCCACGCUCAGCUGCCCUUCCAAAUGGUCCCUGGAGUUCAGAGACUUCCUGAAGACUGCGCUGGACAAGAACCCAGAGACCCGGCCCAGUGCUGCCCAGCUGCUGGAGCAUCCCUUUGUCAGCAAGGUGACCAGCAACCGUGCCCUGCGUGAGCUGGUGGCUGAGGCCAAGGCUGAGGUGAUGGAAGAGAUCGAGGACAGUCGGGAUGAAGCAGAAGAUGAUGACUUGUCGGAGUUUGCCUCAUCCCCUGGUAAGCACAAGCGAGACCCCUCUGAGGCGAGUCAGCUAAGUUUUGAUGGGGAGAAGCUUCCAGACUCUUCCUUGCCCAAGGCAGUGAAUGGGCCCAUGGGGACUGGCAAGGAGACCACAGAUGGACAGAGCAAUAAAGUCUCAGAUGAAGGGAUAAGCAGUGACACUGAUAAACUGGAGAGCAACCACUCCACAAAAACCCUUGCCAGCGCUGCCAUCUCAGCCAGCCAGGGCAAGCCAGACAUCAUCUCGCAGCCUGGGCGGCUGAGUAACUCAGCGCAGGGGGACAAGCAGCCCAGGCCAGACAACAAGGAGCGGAAGAGCAUCGGGGAGCGACCAGAGAGCAGCCACCUGGAGAACUUAAUGGAGGAGAAGCUUGCCAAUGGAAGCUUGGAUCCCCCAGCCUUGUUCCCCGGCAGCCGGUCCAAAGCCGAUUCAGAUUCUGGCAGCACUUCAGCCUCUGAAAGCAUGGACCUCACCAUCUCCCUGUCUGCUGACCUGUCCCUCAACAGAGAGAGUGGGUCCAUCUCCCUGAAGGAUUCUCGGAUGCACAAGAAGACGCUGAAACGCACCCGCAAGUUUGUGGUGGAUGGAGUAGAGGUGAGCGUCACCACCUCGAAGAUCAUCAGCGAGGAUGAGAAGAAAGAUGAAGAGAUGAGAUUUCUCAGGCGCCAGGAGCUGCGGGAGCUGCGUCUCCUUCAGAAGGAGGAGCACCGAAACCAGGCCCAGCUCAACAGCAAACACCAGCUGCAACUGGAGCAGAUGCUCAGGCGCUUCGAGCAAGAAAUGACGACAAAGAAGAAGUUCUACGACACCGAACUGGAAAAUCUGGAACGGCAGCAGAAGCAGCAGAUUGAGAAGAUGGAACAAGAUCACUCGCUGCGCCGGCGGGAGGAGGCCAAACGCAUUCGCCUGGAGCAGGAGCGGGACCAUGUCAAAUUCCUGGAGCAGCUGAAGCAGAUGAAGAAGGAGGUCAAAAAUGAGGUUGAGAAGCUGCCGCGGCAACAGCGCAAAGGGAACAUGAAGGUGAAGAUGGAUGACUUUGCCCAGAAAAAACAAACCAUGGAACAGGAGUUUUUGGCCAAGCAGAAGGAGGACCUGGAGCUAGCCAUGAAGAAUAUAACAGCCCAGAACAAGAGAGAGAUCUGUGACAAGGAACGCGAGUGCCUGAACAAAAAGCAGCAGCUCAUGAGAGACCGGGAGGCAUGCAUCUGGGAUCUUGAAGAGCAUCAGCAACAGGAGAAACACCAGCUUAUCAAGCAGCAGCUGAAGGACCAGUAUUUUCUCCAGAGGCAUGAGUUGCUCCGGAAGCAUGAGAAGGAAAGGGAGCAAAUGCAGCGAUACAACCAGCGCAUGUUAGAGCAGCUGAAAAUUCGGCAGCAGCAGGAGAAAGCCCGGCUCCCCAAAAUCCAGCGGAGUGAAGGGAAGACCCGCAUGGCCAUGUACAAGAAGAGCCUUCACAUCCACUCCAGUGGGAGUGCAUCUGAGCAGCGGGAGAAGAUAAAACAGUUUGCUCAGCAGGAAGAGAAGAGGCAAAAAGCAGAGCGGCUGCACCAGCAGCAGAAGCACGAGACACAGAUGAAGGACAUGCAGGCCCAGUGUGAGAGCAACACGAACGAGCUCCAGCAGCUGCAGAAUGAAAAGUGUCACCUCUUGAUUGAGCAUGAAACCCAGAAGCUUAAGUCUCUGGAUGAGAACCACAACCAGCACAUGAAGGAGUGGCGGGACAAGCUGAGGCCACGGAAGAAGGCCCUAGAGGACGAGCUGAACCAGAAGAAACGCGAGCAGGAGAUGUUCUUCAAGCUGAGUGAGGAGGCAGAUGGACAGACGCCAGCAUCCCCAACAAAACAUGCCAAGUUCGUCCUGUUUAGCUCUGCGGAGAGCUCGUAACACCCCGCAGCUGGCAGGCCACCAGCUGGUAUCUGCUGUGUCCCCCUGGGCUGCAGGUGGGCAACUUGGACUUGGAAGACCCUCUUGGCAGCCUCUUCUUACGACAGCACCCUCCUGUCCUCUCAUUCUGAGAUAAACGUGGCUUCUGUCCUGCACUGGGGGAUGCUGGCUGGAAGUUUUGGUGGCUUUUCCCGGAGAUGGCCUGGUCAGCACAGCUCUGGGCUAGGAAGCCGGGCAGGACCCUUUCUGCAAUCAUACUUGCACUGUUAGCUGGAUGCAUUGCAUCUUACGUGAGCCUGGUGCUCACUGGGAUUGUCAGCUCAGACUGAAGCAAUAACUUCUCUGAACAGGAGGAGCAGGCGAUGGCUCCUGCCCUCUGCGCAGGGGUUAUCAGCCUCUCUCUCUGCUGUGGCCGUUCAUCCUCCCAGUCCUCUGUAAGGGUUAAUCUGGGGCAGAGCAGCCUUGGCCUUGUCUUAGGCUACCCUUGGCCUUGUGGCCCCCCAACAUUUGGUUUAGAUUUAUUUCUAUCUACUGUGGCCUUUUUUUGCUCAAGGGGGAGACAGUGAUUUGGGGUUUUUUGCCUUUGAGGAGGGAGGGUUUUCUUUCCUGUUCCUCCCUGUACAGACUAUGCAGAAAGGCUGGACAUCCUUCCAAAGAUGUUUCUGCUUCUUCAUUGCCAUGAUUGCUGGCACCGCAGUCCCCCUGGCACUUAGCUAAUGUUCCCUUAUCAGAGACGGGGCUAUAGCAUAAUGAAACCGUUUAGCUGGCUGCAGGCUUUUGUCUCUUAAAGAAAGUGUGUGUGUGUAUGUGCAGAGGAGGAGGUUUGUAACGGUGCUCAGUCCGGUGGCGACACAAUGAGAUAUUGGUUGCAGUCAUGUGCUUUCUGCUAAGGACAAGUGAGGGGCCGAAGGGUGUUAUUGCUGGAGCUCUCAUGAUUGCACAUGUGCUUGAGGUAUUUUUUUUUAAGUGCUAUAUUUUUCUGGGCCGUGUGGGUCAACCAGCCUGGCCACUGUGCAGUCACGGUGCAAUAGGCUGCAAAGCACCUUUCAGUAGGAAUAAAGGACUCUUGAAACAAGGGAUGCAAGGGAAGAGGAGAUGCAAAAACAGGUCAUUGUAGCUUGUUACUCCCAGCAUCGCUUUCUCCACUGAUGCCUCAUCUCCUUAUGAUAUGCCACAGUUUCUUGGAUGAUUCUCCUGGCUUUGAGCUUGGAGUCACACAGCAGAGCGGCAGAGCAGUGGCAGGUCCAGCCCUCUGUCUCUUCUGCUCCAUGGUGAUGUGUCUCGGUUGGGCUGCUUUCCUCCAUCUGCACAAAGAAGUGUUUGGCUGAGCUGCUGGUUUGGACCCAGAGCACACAUUUGUGUAGGGGAACAGAGAUGUCGCUGGGCAGCACCUUUUUUACACAGCCAGAAGAUAUAAAGUAGCACUUAAGUUUUUCUCUCUGUUGAUCUCUGGACAAUAUUGUUUGUUUUAGGCCUGCUUCUCUAGCAAGAAAAAAAUGUUUCUGCUUGAAGAAGUGGUAUUUUAAAGUCUCAUCUGUUGAUUUGGAGACAUACUGGCAUUUCAGGAAAAGGUGGUGUGGGAUGUGCUACACUUCUAGGUACCUAGCUGAAGGAGAAAGCCCCCAGGUCUGUAACACCUUUUUAUCUGAGGAGUGCGUUUACUACCCACUUAGAGUUCAUAAUAUAUAUUUAUAAGCUUCUCCAAACUAGAGAGACUAUAUCCAUUUGGGACAUUCCAAGUUUCUUCUGAACCCAUACCAUUAAUGUCUCUAUUAACAAACAUAGCCUAGAUGGGCAUCUAAGGGCUGGGACCCUUUGCAAACAGACUGCAAAGGGUCCCAGCUUUGUAGCAGCUUUUCAGUAACUAGCCUGUCCUUCUAGGAAGACUGCCAGUUCCAUCUCCAGAAGCAUUGACUGUACCUUUGAUGUGAUAGUGCCAGGUUGGGAGCUGAUGUAAAAUUAAUGAAUGCAGAGGGUUGUUCCUGAACCAGGACAGUGUGCUGGUUUGAAGCUUUUAAUUGCAUUAUAAAUGUGUUACGGCAGCUCCAGUGGUAUUGUUCCUGGUCCCAUUGGGGUCAGUCUGGAGCUAUUCUAUGGAAUGGUUGUUGUCACAGAAAUCAGUAGCUGGUUCCUAGCCUUCAUGUGUUACAUGUGACUUGCAGAAGGAUGUCCUGCAGCAUACUGUUCGUAAUAUACCUCCUCAGCUGAAGGGUGUUGCUGCUUCUGACUGCCGCCUUCACCAGCCCGGCAAGUGUCAGCUCUCUCUGGAUAUUGUGCAGCCAUGAGGAAGAGACUAUUUCUGAGGACUUUUAAAGAGCUGAUGUGAUGCCACCGUGGUAAAUCGGUUGUCCUUCUCCAGUCCACUUAUUUGCAGCCUGGAGCUAGCAAUGUAAUUUUGCUUUUGCUAACAGAGGGUGGGAUUGGCUUUGUGUCCCCUGCCCUUCCCCUGUUCUCUGUUCCCUCUCUGGGUGUGCCAGGGCUCUAGUACCAUGUCUGCCUCCUAGAAGAGGGCAAGGGAGCACAUCUUAUAAUUGGCAUGUUUACAGAGUGAUUAUAUUUCCCUCCCCCCCCCCCCCCUUCCAAAAGAGGAUGGUUUUGUUGCUUCCUGUUCAGAAGGAACGAUGAAUAAACCCAGCUUGUUUUUGAGGGGGAAUGUGAUGCCAUUUUUUUAAAAUGUGGCUUUGAAUAAAAAGGUUUUUUAAUAUUUUGUAAAGUGGCUUCCGUGGGGCCACCACUAUGAUGUAAAGACCCUUCUAAUAAAGUAACAGAUGGAGAAACCUG